AUGGUGGGGGUACCCAAAAGCACUGGUUGCGCUAUAUGUCGGAAGCGGAAAGUCAAGUGUGAUGAGACGUGGCCGACAUGCGUGAACUGUCGCAAGAAUGGAAAACUCUGCCCAGGUCCGCCUUCCCGACAUACCUUUAGAGACGCUGGACCACAACUAGACAAGCAGAGCACCAGCAUCAAGACAAAUCAGAAUUCAGCACCCCAAGACCAAGUUCAUCAGAAGACCCAAUUGACUCAUCUCAAAGCAAUAUGGUCCAAUACAGGAGCCGCUGUUCUCAAAUUCCGCCUUUCUCCAACGGGGGAUGAUCAGGAAGCCAGCAAGGGACAUUCGAAGGGACGUUCCCCCACCGAGCAUUCAUCGAACCUGCCGAUGUCGAUCCGCUACGGACCUCUGCAAACAUCCCCGCACCACGAAUUAGCCCGAGCUUUGAUAGAAGCGAUGGAAACGGAUGAUGCUGGCUAUAGUAUAUCAGAUUUCGGCUCUUUCAUGCACGAGGUUCCAUGCCGUAUCGGUCGCAAUGCUGCACUGGACACCGCCGUGGCUUGCUUGCUACGUACGCGCUCCGCUCUACUCUCCAAGAACACUCUGGACAAUCUUCAGACCCCCAAAUAUUAUCUCGCUGCCGUGCAAAGACUUCAGCGUUCCUUGGAAGACCCUGUUGAGGGCAUGUCUUCCAACACGCUGUGUGCGGCUGUUAUACUGAGCCUGGUUGAGGCGCUUGCCGGUCCUCGGCUCGACAACUCCUAUCUUGCGCAUAUCGGUGGCGCGGGCCGCCUACUAGAGAUCCAGGGCCCACAGACUUGCAGGGAUGGUUUUGCAAAGGAAAUACUGCGCUUCACGAGAGGUGGCAUUAUAGUGACGUCCAUCUACAAAUCCGAACCUUCUUUCUUGUCAAUGCCAGGCUGGCGCCAUGUUGCAUUCGACAACACGAAGUCAAAUAUUGAAGAGAGCCUUUACACAGAAGUUCUCCAUUUGAUGUCCCAACUGUCGGUACUGCUCAAAGAGGUGAAAGAGCUACAGACACUCACAGAAGCAACUUGUCAGCCCUCAUCAAGCCUCGAUACCAAAAACUUGUUCCCCGAAGACGACGUCCUCCCACGAUACCCCGCCCCGCACACCGACUUCGAAACAGCGUAUACCACGUACAUAGGUCCCGAGCUCUCACACACCCAACCCACGAAUCUUCACUUCGAACCCGGGCAGCCACUCUCCCUCCAGGACCCACCCUCAACACACCCACUCCUCGAGAAAGCCUACGCCCUCAAAGCCUCCCUAGACACCACAAGCGCGCAGCUACAAUCCCACCUCCAAGACGGCACCUUCGCCCUCCCCCUCCCUGCCCUCGACCCCGCCGCCCCCUUUCCCACCGCCUACCGCUUCCCCCACUGGCGCACCGCCCGCAUCUAUACCAUACAAUGGUCCCUUACCAUCCUGGUCGCCAAAACUCUGCUCAAACUCCUCCCAGAACACGACCCCGUGCGCUACGCGCUCGAAGCCGAGUGCCGCGCCGUCGCGCUCGAGAUCUGCAAGACGUGGGACAAUGCGUGGGCGAACCGGCCGAUCGGCGCGUGCCACGUGUGGCUGGGUUUCGUGGUCGCGUAUGAGUUCUGCAGCGUGGAGGCACGGGGGUGGGUGCUUGGGGCGCUGAAUCGGUUUUUGAUGGAUCAGGGGGUCGAGGGGUGGAGGUGGACGGAGGAGGUAGUCGGGGCGAUGAAUCGGCGGUUGAUGGGGGAGGGGGAGGGCUUUGUAUCUGGGCAUGGUUCGGGGGGGCUGCGAUAG